GAAUUUGUAUUCAAUAAAACAGGUUUUUUUGCACAUAUUUAUUGGUGGAGGACGCAUUUUUACUAUAUAAACCCGCAUUCAAUUUUUGGUACAGUAUACAAAACAACCCCAAACAACAAUCAUGAACACUUUGAUCGUCUUAGUUGCUCUCGCCGUUGUUGGUGCUAACGCUGGAGGUCUCAUCGGGGCCCCUUUAGCCACUAGUGUAAUCUCCGCUCGCACCAUCGCAGCCCCAACUUCUUUGAUCGGUGCUCCUUUAAGUGCAAGUUUAAUUGGAACACGCUCUUUAAUCGGAGCCCCCUUAAAUGCCGGUCUGAUCGGUGCUCCACUCGCCACACCCUUAGGUGCCAGUCUAAUCGGCGCCCCACUCGCAGCCCCCUUGGGUGCUGGUCUGAUCGGCGCUCGGGCUGUUAUUGGUGCCCCCGCGAUUUCCACCCUGUCAGCUGCUCCUCUAGCCGCAUGGUAAACACAAUUUACCCGAAUAAUUGUGUCCAAUAAUAAAAUUAUUAUUUAUUGA